AUGGAGCUGGCACUUGUUGUCCUGCUGGGCGUAACAGCUGUCUGUGGGUGUGGUAUGCCCAGCUAUCCACCCAACACAAACCGUGUGGUGAAUGGGGAAGAGGCCCGGCCGUACAGCUGGCCCUGGCAGAUUUCCCUGGAGUCCUUCUUCCCCACAUGUGGUGGGACCCUCAUAGCCCCCAACUGGGUCAUGACUGCAGCUCAUUGCAUCACAUUCCACACAUAUCGAGUGGUCCUGGCUGAACAUGACAUGGAUACAGUGGAGGGCCCAGAGCAGUCGCUGAGAGUAGACAAAAUGAUCAUUCAUCCUAAAUGGAAUAAAAGCUGUCCUUCUUGUGGUAAUGACAUCGCGCUGCUGAAGCUGCAGGCAAGAGCUGUUCUCAAUGACAAAGUUCAGCCAGCCUGUCUCCCAAAACAAGGCAGCAGUCUUUCCCACAACUACCCCUGCUACGUCACUGGCUGGGGUCGCUUAUACUCCGGAGGUCCUCAGGCCACCAAGCUCCAGCAGGCUCUCCUCCCAGUGGUGGAGCACAGCGUCUGCAGCCGGAGUGACUGGUGGGGCGGCUCUGCCAAGACAACUAUGGUCUGUGCGGGAGGAGACAGCGAGUCAGCCUGUCAUGGUGACUCCGGAGGCCCGCUGAGCUGCCAAGGCAAAGAUGGGAAAUGGUAUGUGGAGGGAGUGACCAGUUUUGUGGAUGGACGUGGUUGUAAUACCGCCAAGAGACCCACGAUGUUCACCCGCGUGGCCUCUUUCAUUCCCUGGAUUAGUGAGACCAUGGCGAAGAACUGA